AUGGAUCAUUUAAUGAGCUAUUACUAACAGGAGACCACUAACUGGAACAGUGAUCAAACUUGCACAAGACGACUCUCAAUGCUAUCACCAAUUGAUAUGGAACAUGAAGAGAUGAAGGAUGACUUCGCCAUAAAUAUUGAGGAGUCAACGAAUUACAUAGAACCUUCCACGAAUCAAACUUUCUCGCCCCUUUAUUUGAAGUCGAACCACCCAAAAAUUAUGCAAAACAAACAUCACGAACAGCUUCAGCCUGCGCAAAAGUGCCAGACUGAGAUCAAAGCGUCACCAAGCGAGCCAGGGCUUAGAAUGAGCAAUUUAGCGCAAAAGCUAAUGAUGAUUGUAGAAAAGCAGAUGUCGCUUGUGGAGCCAAAUCAGCAAGUGAAUGCCUGCUGUCAGAACCAAACUAAUAAGAAAAAGAGAGGAAGACCUAAGAAGGUCAUCAGGGAUCCAUCUGCUCUUCACUACAAGUGUAGGCACAAUAAGUCUCUGAUUAACUGCUUUCCUACUUAUGCAACAACAGACGUAGAAUCCUCUCUAAAUUAUUCUCAACAAAAUCUGAAUAGUAUUAACUCAAUUGAGAAGGACUAGAAUACUGAGAAACUCAAAGGUACUUCUAAUCAGAAGAAACUUUUGAAUAAUUAUAAUUAUUAAAGUCAGAUAGGGCUUAUUCAAAAAAGGGCUAGAAUCCAAAAUAAAUUUAAACCAAUUCAAAAGAAAUCCACUAAUAAAUCCACUCCAAACAGUAGCGGGACUCACCAAUUGAGCAGGAGCUCUCAUCAUCAACCCAAAAAGCGAGGCAGAAAGCCCAAGCCAAAGGGUUUGAUACAAAAUACUUUAAAUUUCCUUGGAAAGAGUGUGACGAGUUCACAUGGAACAGGAUAUACCAAAACUACAGUCUAUGAUAUUAACCCUGAUACAGAGGCAGAUGACAGUCUUAGUGGCUACAGCUCAAAUAAAAUAUCAAGCCAAGGAGCAAACAAUGUGCAAUAGGUAAAGAUGAUAGUGCCCUCACUUAAAUCAGACAUCUAUGACAUCAAUAAUAUGGUGUCAAUAGGUUUUAACCCCUCGUCCAUAAGAAGAAAUAUAAAUAUGGACACUACUUCUUGGAGGAACCAAUCAAAUAUAUUGGUCCCCCAAUCUAGAUAAAUUUAAGGGCUAAUUGAUCAAUAAAUACUUGAUCAAAAUUAACUUGGAAUAUUCGCAGACAGCAAAUUAUAAAUCUUUGAAAGUGACUCGGAAGAACUUACAGACGACAAGACUUUCUUAGAUAGACAUGAAAGAGCGCUUUAAAAGCUACUAAUAGACUCAAAUGAUCAUCACAAUCACCACGGUUUAAGCAAGGCGAGUCUGUUCAGUAACUACCCUUAACACAAUGGUAGGUAAGUCAAUAAAAACUAGGCGGUGAGCUCUACUAAUGAGCAUAACAGGAAAUAUCAGUCUAGUGAAAAUAUCUAGGAGUUUAGCUUUUAAUAGAAUGAUAGCCAGAUUCUAAAUCACAAUCAAUAUAGCAGAUAUCAAUCGAAUAAUAAUGAAGAAAUAAUGAGCAAUUUUUCCUUUAACACUUCAGAGGAAAGAGUAGCUUCAAACUAUAACGAAGAGGGGUCUUUCACGAAAGUUGUCGAUCUGACACACACCUGUAAUAUUAGUUAAGAUGGAACUUAAAUAAAAAUCCAAUUUAUGAAAAUUUAAUGA